AUGACGCGCCUGGGCCUUUCCUGUGGGGAAGAGCCGCCGGGGCCGUGCGCUCCCGCGGGGGUGGAGGAAGUGGAUAUGGGAGCGUCGUUUAACCAGCACGAGAACCAGGGGUCACGCGAUGAAAUGAAGCAGCAGCAGGACGUGUUUCUCUGCCCAGCACACCCCAACCUGGGGAACUCCCUGCUGGAGGAUGCGGCGAAGGCCGAGCCCAUAACCGGGUUCAAAAGAACUGGCCCCGUUGAGGGCGGGACGGCGCCUGCUGGCCACGCCUACAUCUACGUCAUCCUGAGUGCCCGCGACCGCGUUCCUGGACCAGCACCUAGCGGCCGGACCCCCCAUCAGCAUCCGUCCAGGUUCAGCUCCGCAACCCACGUCACCAUCGCGCCUGGCUUGGUCAAAGGCGCGACACGGAUUGAGCUGGGCCCCCAAAGCGCUGUGGUGAAGAAAUCCAGCAACGUGACCUUCCAGUGCCUGGUGCGGUUUGACGAGACGCUGCAGGAGCGCAGGGUCGAGUGGUGGCGGGACGGGCGCCCCAUCUGGGAGUCGGACGACAGCGACAAGUACACCAUCGAGCCCGGCUGGCUCCGGAUCUCCGGCGUGGACUACACGGACCAGGGCGUGUACAGUUGCUGGGCACACACGGAGCUGGACGCGGUGGAGGAGAGCGCCGAGCUGCGGGUGGUGGGCCGCCCUGGGCCGGUGUCGGACCUUCAGGUGUCGGAGCCCCAGGAGCGCCGGGUGAAGCUGAGCUGGACCCCGGGGGACGAUCACAACAGCCCCAUUGAGA